UGGGAGUUAAUCUUAUUUAAUUUUAUUACUAAGUUACUGCUAUUUAAAGAACUAAUCACUAAGGUUAAAUAUAACAGUAUAUUUAUUAGAAUUAAUAGAUUUAUGAAAAUAGCUUAUUUUAUCUUAUUUAAAGAAGCUAGUAACACUAAAAAAUUAGCUUAUAUAAUAAUAAGAUUUAUUAUAAGUAAUUAUAGGUUACCUAGAGAAAUAAUUUCUAAUUAA